AUGCAUCUCGUAACUUCAAGUCUCUUCCUUCCAUCCCUGUUGCCUCACCUGCCGCAAGACUCGCAGGUUCUUUUGCUUCGCGGAUACUUUGCGUCGACUCUUGGGUGGCGGAUCACACACGGCUCGAGUCCCUCGACUAGACAUUCAAGGCUUCCUCAGCACAACUUCGUAUGUUUCAAGGUCGCAAACCCAUUCCUCGAUAUCGUUCAGUCUGCGAUAAUGCACCCAGACUCUCAUCUGUUGAAGAUUCAGCGCGCAUUUGCGCAUUUCUCUUCAUUUUAUAGCGCACAGCCAAAGGGCUCCUUCGGAGGUAUGGAGCUAGAUGACGCAGAAGCGCUGGAUGGAUCGCUCUUCCUUAGGACCGCAAGAUUGACUAGCAGGGGCACGAGGACCUGA